AUGUGGCUGUAUCUGUUUGCUCAGCAGAUGCCCCCCUGCCGCUACGGUGGCACGAUGGUGCCGCUCAUUGCGCCUUGGCCAGGCGCGUCCACGCUCCCGGCAGUCGUAAAGCUCUACCAGGACUCGGAUUGGCGGCGCGAAGAUGUGAGCCUCCUGGAGUUCUGCCGCAAGAGCAACCGCGACGGUGGCAUUGCCCGAUGGGUAAUCAGACUCCACAAAGACGAUGAGGAGACCAGAAGUCGAAACCUACGUGCCUUUGCCAACACCUGCCUCAUGUUCGGUGAGAAGCUGAUGGCCUGCGACAUGCUGUCCAUCUUCAACGACCGAUGGUUUGGGCAGUGGCUGGCGCUGCGCAAGCCUUUCCGCGACUUGGCCGACCUGGUACUCUCCAACGUCCAGGAGAAGGUCCCCGUGCAGUUCCACCACUUUGCCAACGCAGCCAUGGGUUCCGACAAGAUCGAAACGUUCCUGGCGAAGUUAAGAGCGCAGCGGACUCUGGUUGAUCGGUUUCUCAGUGGCAGUCUUGCGAAGGAGGACGAUGCGGGAGCGCAGGAGGCCAUGCGCGAGGUCGGGCUGCUGGCUGGCGAAGAGGACCCGAUGUUCAGAGAUGUGCGGUUCAACAAGGCCGGCGCCUUCUUCCUGUAUAAGGACGCCGUGGAGGUCAUGGAUUGCCUCACGCAGUAUGACAUGAUUGCCGUGGACGAAGUCUCCCAGCUGUCCAAGGACGACUUCGAGCGCAUCGUUCAGAUGUGGGAGGCCGCCGACAAGCUGCCCGUCUUGGUCUUCGCGGGCGACUUCUGGCAACUCCCUGGCGUGCAGCCCACACGUGCCACCGACAGCCCGAAGUGGCGCAGCGUGCGCCAGGUCAAGCUCCACGAGAUGUGGCGAUGCAAGGAUGAGACAUUGCGGGCGAAGCUGGAGCCGACGGCCUGGGACUUGCAGGAGCUGUGCCGCAAGGUACCUCACACGACCAUCGCUACCUGCACGCGGCGGGCCGCUGCGCUGGUGAACGACCUCUCCAUCUGGGUCUUGUUCACAACGAAGAAGAGGCGGCAGCUGGCGGACCUUUUCGUUGACUGGGAGUCCAAUGUCGAGAACUUCGACGAGGACAACAAAGUCAUCACGGGCAAGCCGCCGGGCUCCGACUUCAUCAACGGCAUGGAAUGUACCGUUCUGAGCUUCGCCCCGACGUCCGGCUGCCUUCACAUUCUCACAAAGACCGGCCGCAACCUCGCCGUCUACCCCAUCACGGACUGGAUCACGGACUGCGGGUACGUCACCGCCUACCCGGUGCGUGCCGGGUAUGCAAGCACGAUCCAUAAGCUGCAAGGCGCGGAGCUGGACCAUAUAACCAUCUGGCUGGAUGUCCCUUUCAUGAAAGCGGCAGGGUACGUGGCGCUGAGCCGAGUGCAGCGGGACGGCGACUACCUCCUUGGCGGCAUUGUCCGGCGUCGGCACUUCAUGCCGGCCAUGUGA